UCAAUUUUUCCUUAAUAUUUUUUUGUAUUUCACUGCACGAAUGUUGAACUUCAACUGCUAUUAAGCAGUUGAAGUUUAUUUAUAUACUAGUCAACCCCACUUGUACAGAGUUGAAAACCGCAAUACCAAAAAAAGUUGAAGUUCGAUCAUACUUCAACCGCAAUUUUUUUUGACGUAUUGAGUUGAAGUUGGCAAUACCGAAUUUUUAAACUUCGACUGAAAUGCAGUUGGGUUGAAAACCGUAAUAGGGGCAUUAAUCGUUUAGUUUGUAUGGUAGCUAUAUGCUAUAGUGGUCCGAUAAUGAUGGUUCCGAAUUUUCGUUCGCGUAUAUACUGGCAGACAAGCCUAUAGACAUAAGGGCAUGGUUAAGUUGAGUCAGCACGCUGCGCUGAUCAAUAAUAUAUGUACAUACAUAUAUAGCAGGUUAGCAAGGCAUUAUAUCCGAUGCCAAAAUGGGUAUGUUUAAGUACUAGCUGAGUAUCUGCAGAAAAAACAACAGUGUCGCAAUAUUUGUGUUAUUUGCUUUCUCGAACAUCCCCUACCUGUUAUAAUUGAUGUAAAACAGGGUUGUUGUUUUGUGUCUUCCGACCGCCUUAAACUUAGACUUAUCGAGGUUUCACUUUACUUUAAGUUACCAGGCAACAAAGUGAACCGUUUCUUUGGUUUCAAAUAAAUUUAUUGACUUAACCCAACAACUUCUUCGAAACGAUAAAUUUAGAAUGCUUUGGCAACAAAUUAAUUGAAAGUAUUCAAAUCAAGCUUUCAAAUAGUGAGUCUGUGUCAACGCUUUAUAUUUUGUAGAAAAUUUUUGAUACUUGCAAAACAAGCAAACAUUUGCUUUUUAUCUUAAUCCAUCAUAUUUACACUGAAGAAGUAUACUUUUUGAACCGAAAUAAAAAAAUUCAGCAGAUUAUGUCGCUUGUCUAUAUAACGCGUCACUAUGAGAAUAUCAAAAACAUCGAAAGCACCGCCGAAUAUUAUCAAUUCAUGAAGGGCAACUCUACGAUAAAACCUAGACGGUCCUGUAGAAAAAAGAACAAGUCCAGAGCUGUUGUAAAAUUGUCAGAUGGUAAGAGGUUAUUGACCGAUUCUGAGAAGAGUGAGCACAAAACAAUGGGCUACAGUGCGACACCGUUACGUGAACCAUGCGAAUUCCUGCGCAAAAAUGGUGGCGUCAAGUGGCAAAGAAAACGCGAUCACACUUGUCCUAAACGAGAUGAGCCUGUACUGCCGGUGCCACGCUUGGAAGAUCUGAAGAAAGAGAAACGAGAUAAGGAGAAGAAAAAAGUUAAUUUUAUUAAGAAGAACGCGCAAUGCAUUAAAAAUGCGCCAGCCAAAUGGCAUCCACCGAAGUAUAUUGACUUCCAUACAGGCACGCCACGUAAAUUGAAAAAUUCCGGACUAGUUCCACAAUAUGUUUGUUCGGAAGCAUAUGGCAAAGUGCCUUGUUACUUGCGUUUGUAUAAAAAGCUAGUGACGGAUAAACCCGAAAUAUGUAAGAUUGAACAAGUGCAGCUAGCAGAGCGUUGCAAGUUCAAGGAUGCCAGUAUUCGUCAGUUACCAUUGGAGGAGAGAGAUAACAUUUUAAAGGGUCUUAAGCAGCAUUUUAAUAAUGUCUUCAAAGCUUACCAAGCGGGUUCUUUGUUAAUUGACACAAUUUCGAAGCGUUUAAGGAAAUCGAAUUUGGAAAAAGAAUUACGGCAAUUGGAACACGACAUUUUUCUUCUAGAAUCUAAUCCAAUCAUAUAUGUAUCUGAAUAUUAAUCGUCAAUAAAAUGCCCCAACUGUCCAAUUUCUACCAAAGCUAAUGUAUUAAUAUUGAAAUAAUAC